GCAGAAAGCUGUGGCGGCGGACCCAUCGUCACUUUUAAACCCAUCAUAAUGCUUUUUUAAAGGUUGCCUUUGUGCAUGUAGCCUAUUCAUUUAUUAUAAAAAAUGGACAACCGGUUAUUGCCAGGAUAGAUUAGUAGUUUACUAUUUUAUUUGAAGGCGGAUACAUGGAAUUGUGGCAAAAUCAAGAAUGCUGAAGAUACAUGUAUUUGCUUUUAGCGUCGGUUUAGAUAAAGGAACAGUUUUUCCAUAAUACAACUGUAUAGCGACAAAUCUACUGGGAUUUGGAUUCAGGAUUCUUCGAGCCGCACCUUAAUAGCAAUUGUUUUCGUUGGGACCGGUGGCAGCCUUUUGGUAUCGGUUUGGGGACAGAAGAAACCCCGAGGCUCACAUUGUGGCCUGGCCAUUGUGGCCUUUAGACCACUGGAGUUCUCUUAUUAGUGGUUAACAGACUCCGAUUGUGGCUUGGUCUGUGAAUAUCCAGACCGCAAAUAUUUACAAAUUGUCAACAAGAUAAGCAAUUUAAUUAUUUUAAACUUGUCUUCAAAACAAUGGCGUCUUAUGUCGAUAACAGCUUUCGUCAAGCUGUGAUGAUGAAUCCGGCAGAAAGAACGCAACAGGACCUGGAGAUAGUCUACUCCUAUCUGCACGGGAUGGAGGCCCUUUCUAACCUCAGAGAACACCAGCUGAGGAUAAUAUGUGAGACAGUGCGCUAUGAAAAACACGAAGCCAAUGAAGUGCUGUACUACCCGGACGACGUCGGAAGCUGCUGGUUUAUCCUACUGUCUGGGUCCGUCUUCAUCAAGGAGUCCAUGUUCCUGCCAAGAAGCAGUUUUGGAAAGCGUUCUGCAGGGAGCCUGAGACGCGGAUGCGAGUGCAUCGUUCUGGAACCUUCCGAGAUGAUUGUGGUGGACUAUAUGGAUGAAAAUGAGGAGUACUUCCAGCGGCAAGCAUCGCACCGACAGUCCCGCCGGAGGUUCCGCAAGAUCAACCAGAAGGGCGAGCGGCAGACCAUCAUCGACACGGUGGACCCGUACCCCACCGGCAAGCCGCCCAUAGCCAGGGGAUACCAUACGGAAUGCAUUAAAGCUCAGCUCCCUGCAGACUUCAGCCGACUCCACCUGGCCGACGGCUUGCACCCACAGGUGACCCACGUGUCCUCCAGCCACUCAGGAUGUAGUAUCACCAGCGACUCUGGAAGCAGCAGCCUGUCAGACAUAUACCAGGCCACGGAGAACGAACCGGGCGACAUGGACCUUAGCGGGCUGCCCGAGACCAACGUCGACUCAGAGGAGGACGAUGACGAGGAGGACAUUGAGCGAGCGUCGGACCCCCUCAUGAGCCGCGACAUUGUGCGGGACUGCCUGGAGAAGGACCCCAUGGACCGCACCGAUGACGACAUAGAGCAAUUACUGGAGUUCAUGCAUCAGCUGCCAGCGUUCGCCAACAUGACCAUGUCGGUGAGGAGGGAGCUGUGUGCCGUCAUGGUGUUUGCUGUGGUUGAGCGCGCCGGCACCAUCGUCCUCAAUGACGGGGAAGAGCUGGACUCGUGGUCAGUGAUCCUGAACGGUUCAGUGGAGGUGACGUACCCUGAGGGCAGGCCUGAGAUCCUGUGUAUGGGGAACAGCUUCGGGGUCUCCCCCACCAUGGAGAAGGAGUACAUGAAGGGAGUAAUGAAGACCAAGGUGGACGACUGUCAGUUUGUGUGCAUAGCGCAGCAGGACUACUGCUGCAUCCUCAACCAGGUGGAGAAGAACAUGCAGAAGGUGGAGGAGGAGGGCGAGAUCGUCAUGGUCAAGGAGCACCGCGAGCUGGACCGCACUGGCACACGGAAGGGACACAUCGUGAUCAAGGGCACGACGGAGCGUCUGACCAUGCACCUGGUAGAGGAGCACUCUGUGGUGGACCCCACCUACAUCGAGGACUUCCUACUGACCUACAGAACCUUCCUCUCCAGCCCCAUGGUCGUGGGCAAGAAGCUCCUCGAGUGGUUCCACGACCCAAGCCUCAGGGACAAGGUUACACGGGUAGUCUUGCUGUGGGUGAACAAUCACUUCAAUGACUUUGAAGGCGACCCAGCAAUGACUCGCUUUCUAGAAGAGUUCGAAAACAAUCUGGAGAGAGAGGUCCGUGUCUCAAAAAUGUGUGGCCACCUUAGACUGUUAAACAUUGCCUGCGCUGCUAAAGCCAAACUGCGUCUAGUGACACUGACCAAGCCGUCGAGGGAGGCCCCUCUAGCCUUCACCCUGCUGGGGGGCUCCGAGAAAGGCUUCCGCAUCUUCAUCGACAGCGUGGUGCCCGGGAGCAAGGCCGCAGAGGCCGGCCUCAGACGAGGAGACCAGAUUCUGGAGGUGAAUGGGCAGAACUUUGAAAAUGUCCAGCUCACCAAAGCCAAUGAGAUCCUGAGGAACAACACCCACUUGUCAAUUUCUGUGAAAACCAAUCUUUUAGUGUUCAAGGAGCUACUAGCCCGGCCGGAGCGCGACCACGAGGCAGAGGGUGAGGAGCCACCAGAGGUGGACCGCAAGAAUGGCGCCCCGGCACACCUGCCCAAGAUUGGGGACAUCAAGAAGAGCUCGCGCUACUCCAUCCCUGACCUGGCGGUGGACGUUGAGCAGGUGAUGGGCCUGGAGAAGGCCAGUAAGAAGGCCAAGGCCAACACUGUGGGAGGAAGGAACAAGCUCAAGAAGAUCUUCGACAAGACGCUCACCAGCAUCCUGCCCCCAAAACCGUACAACGACGUGGGCGUGGGCCAGUCGCAGGACGAUAGCAUUGUGGGCCUGAAGCAGUCCAAACAGAUUCCGGCCGCGCUGCCAGUCAGCGGCAACCUAUCGUCCAGCAACCCUGACCUGCUGCAGUCCCACCACCGCAUCCUGGACUUCAACAACCAACCGGCCCCAGUCGUGACAAACAUGUCCGACCAGGUGCUGCGGGUGUUCAAGGCAGACCAACAGAGUCGAUACAUCAUGAUUGGUAAGGACACCACGGCCAAGGAGGUGGUGGCCCAGGCCAUCCGGGAGUUCGCCCUGACCGCGGCGCCCGAAGCCUAUUCGCUGUGCGAGGUGUCCGUCACGCCGGAGGGCGUCAUCAAGCAACGGCGGCUACCAGAGCAGCUGUCCAAGCUGGCUGAUAGGAUACAGCUCAGUGGCAGAUACUACCUGAAGAGCAACAUGGAGACAGAAACCCUCUGUUCAGACGAGGACGCCCAGGACCUCCUUCGUGAAGCCCAGAUCUCCCUCCUCCAGCUCUCCACCGUGGAAGUAGCCACGCAGCUCUCCAUGCGUGCCUUCGAACUCUUCUGCGCCAUCGAGCCCACUGAGUACAUCGAUGACCUGUUCAAGCUCAAGUCCAAGACGGGCUCAUUUUGCCUCAAGCGCUUCGAGGAGGUCAUCAACCAAGAGACCUUCUGGGUGGCGUCGGAGGUGACCCGGGAGCCCAACCAACUCAAGCGCAUGAAGACGGUCAAGCACUUCAUCAAGAUUGCUCUCCAUUGUAGAGAGUGCAAGAACUUCAACUCCAUGUUCGCCAUCAUCAGUGGUCUGAACCUGGCCCCAGUAUCUAGACUCCGGGGCACGUGGGAAAAGCUGCCCAGUAAGUACGAGAAGCUGUUUGGGGACCUGCAGGACCUGUUUGACCCGUCCAGGAACAUGGCCAAGUACCGCAACGUGCUCAACAACCAGAACCUCCAGCCGCCCAUCAUCCCCCUGUUCCCCGUCAUCAAGAAAGACCUCACCUUCCUGCACGAAGGGAACGACUCAAAAGUGGACGGCCUGGUGAACUUUGAGAAGCUGCGUAUGAUCGCCAAAGAGAUCCGCCACGUGGGUCGCAUGGCCUCCGUCAACAUGGACCCUGCGCUCAUGUUCAGAACCAGGAAGAAGAAAUGGAGGAGUUUAGGGUCUCUUAGCCAGGGCAGUGCCAACGCGGCGGUGCUAGACGUCACCCAGACGGGCGGGCACAAAAAGCGGGUGAGGCGCAGCUCCUUCCUGAACGCCAAGAAGCUGUAUGAGGACGCCCAGAUGGCCCGCAAGGUCAAGCAGUACCUGUCCAACCUCAGCCUAGAGACCAACGAGGAGGCGCUGCAGACCCUCUCAAUGCAGUGUGAGCCCUCCAUCAACACACUGCCCAAGAAUGCUGGUGGCGGUAAGAGGCCAGACACGUCUCCGGUGGUGUCCAGAGCUGCCAGCCAGCAGAGGGGCCAGCUGCAGAAGGGAAACCAGGCCCUUCAGGUGCCCGCCGUAGCCCUCUACCCCUCCCGCAAGAAAGUGCCAGUCAAGGACCUGCCACCAUUCGGCACGAGUUCCCCUCAGUCGCUGAAGAAGAUCCUGUCGCUGUCGGAGGAGGCCAGCGAGCGUCACAAGCGUCAGACGGAGGACACAGUGUCUAAUGCCUCCUCGCAGCGCUCCUCCCCUCCCACCUCUCCCCAAAACUCUCCCAGGAAGGGGCUCGGGACACUGCAGGGCCAAAGUGUCCGGAAGGUUACCUUUACCAGUAAACAGACAGCCACAGGGUACCCCAGAAUGGGAGACACCUACUCGGACUCGGGUCACAGCGAGAUCUCGUCACGCUCCAGCCUGGUCAGCAACUCCUCCUUCGACAUGGCCCAGGAGGAGAGGAGGGGGCUCAGGCACUCUGGAGGGGUGGGAGACCCCCACGCUGGAGGGGUGCGUCUGGAGAGGAGGGCUACGACCGACCCUGACCAGUACAGCCUCGGUUCCUACUCGUCCAUGCAGGACUGCCGUGGCCUGUACGCCUGCGCCAUGGUGCUCUCCUCCCCCAGCUCGGAGGAGCUGACCCAGGACCAAGGGGACCGCGUCUCCCUGGACGCCGCCGAUAGCGGCCGCGGCUCCUGGACCUCAUGUUCCUCGGGCUCCCACGACAACAUCCAGACCAUGCAGCAGGGACGCAGCUGGGAGACCCUGGCCUUCGGACCGGGGGGUGUUGGUGUCCACCCUCCCGGGGGGCCUGAAGCGUUACUAGGGGGCCCCGCUGGACUGUGGGCGUCUCAGGCUAGAGGGAGCUGGGCAUCGGCCUCUUCUUCAUCUUCCUCUGCGGCGUACUGGGGCGAGGACUCCGAGGGCGACACAGGAACGAUUAAACGGCGAGGCGGGAAGGACGUGAACACCGACCCAGAGACGAGUAGUAUCACAUCGAUGGGGUCUGACGAGGCCAAGCAGCACGGAAGGCCUUCGCCAUCACCCAUCACCGCCGGCAACAAGGGCCUUAUCACGCGAAAGGAGAGCCGGUACCGCGAGCCCCCUCCAACCCCGCCGGGCUACACCGCCCUGACAAUCUCUGACUUCAGCGAAGGCCAGACGCAGUCGCCACCCCCACCCACGGCCCCGGCCCACUCCAGCCGCCGCCCGCCCGAUUACACCACGGCCCUGCAGCGCUCGCGCAUGGUCAACCAGUCGCCUGACUCCCAUCACCACCACCAGGCCCAACAACAUGCCAAGCGCCAAGGGCUCCACCGCACCCGCUCGCCAGGCGAGGAGGAAGAGCCGGAGGAGGAAGAGGAGGGUGAGUCCUUGUCUCCCAAACUAGUCGCUCUGAGGAAGACAGUGGCACACACAACACCAGAGACAACCAGGCCAUGAGAUGAGAGUACAGGUUACAGGACAGGCCCCCUCAGGCUGAGAGGAUGAACAGGUAUCAGCAGUCUGAGAACGGUCUUCUGCUGGAUGUCCUUUGCAGUGACUUGAAGUACCUUCCAUGGGGGCGGAACAAGAGAGACUGAUUUGAUUGAUUGAUGGACAGACAGACCAAUCCAGUACGUACGUGCCUGCCUCCUCUGCUGGACUCUCCCUCCUGAUUGGUGGACUCCUCUGCUCGUAUCCCCCCUGCCUUAAAGCAUCAUGGGGGGUUGAAUGACCCUGCAUGCAAAAAAAUACUGUGAAGAAGUAGAAGAGACAAGUCAAACGGUUUUGCUGAAAAAAACACAGCGACGUGCGACAACCGCGCUCACACAAACACACAGCUGUCCUGGAACAGCUUUCCAAGACUAUUAACCCCCUAUCCCAACCCCACCUCGCUUUACACACAGCAUCAUGAUGUGUUGAGCUUUGUCUGCACUUUUUAAUUUUCUACUUUAUAAAACGAGAACAAAACAGACGAUGAUGGAGGGGGAAAAAAGAAUAUUGAUCAAUUUUGAACUUCCUGCUAGGUUUUUUGGGGUCUUCUUUCCAGAACUAUUGCACUCUGGGGGUAAAAGCAGCUAUACCCAAGUAUCAUAUCCCUGUGUGGACUCUGAAAAACAGAUCUGUCAAAAGAGUGUUUUAUUCCACAAUUACAGUAUUAUCUUGUCAUUCACAUAUUAGACAUGACCUAGUGGUGGCUCAACCCCACUGCUAACUGGACAGUCCCAAUGAGAGAAAUCAGUUGGGGUGACCAAUAUGUCAUUUGGGUGACCGACGUGUCAGUUGGGGUAACCAACAUGCACCUUCAUAAUCUAAUGUGCUGACACACACUGGCAGUCUGGCUUCAGCACUUUUCAGUGAAACCUUAGGUUUUAGUGCAACCCUCCAUUCCCAACCCUGGCCUGGAUAUCAGUCUAUUUCCGAUAUGGCCAGCCACAACUUCAGUUCUAGGUCAUAUACAGUAUGUGGCAGGUUUUAAAGCUGUGGAGCAUAGCAGUGGCCCAACUAAAGAGUCAAUCUGGCUAUUUGAUAUCCAUGUUUUAACCUGGAGGGUCAUCUGGUGACUUAUAUUAAUUCUGUAUUUGGACAGCAUUGUAGAGGACAACUACAGGAGAUUUCUCUUGGCUUAGUCUUGUCCCUAAUGGAUUGUGAUGUUAAAAGAUAAGCACAAAGGGUUUUUAUACCUGAUUGGCAAAUCAACCAACUCUGGGAACGUGUUUUAGUUAUGCACCCCAAAGGCAGGUCAAGUCUUAAAUCCUAUACAGGUGAAUGGAGUUUCAGGUCUUUCAGUGGUGCUACAUAACCAAACACUUUCCCUGGGUUCUGUCAACCAUUUAAAGUAACUGUCCAGUGAAAAUCUCACUUUUAAUAGUUCAUAUUUUGUUAACUCAUGCCCAAAUAAUGUUGUUGACUCAUCCUAUACUCGUAUUUGUCGCCAAAACAUGAAUUGGAGGGAAAACACUUUUUUUUUUAAACACCUCAAACUUGUAUCUCAAACAGACCAUUUAAAAAAUGCUUGCUAUUUCAUCAUAGAGGAUGAUGUCAUCCUUGCAUGAAUAUGUUUUAUGACAGGUAUAUGCCCACACCAUUCUGUUGUUGGGGUACACCCAUACCAUUCCAACACAGAAAAGCUGCUUUUCUUUUUCUUUUUUUUUGUUGUGGAAGGAAAAUGAUUUUACUCAUAUUGUAAUUAUUAUAGGUCAAAUUUCAUAGAAAUCUGGAAACGAAACACUGGACAGUUACUUUAAGACUGAAGUAGAAUAUACCUUCUCUCCUACCUUGCUGUCGGAUACAUCCUCCUCUUCAUUGAAAAGUCCUCCACUGUUACAGGCAUCAAGAUCAAUGGAUUUGUAUAUUACUAGGCAGUGCUAGCAUAGAGCAACCUGUUUUCCACCAUUUCUCAACAUCAUUGGACUUGACUGAAGAAAAUGAUUGAAUAUGUUUAUUGUUUUGACUCCGGUGAGGAAGUUACCUAGAUGAAACUUUGAAGGCUGCCAAUCAGAAUUAUUAGUAUAAAAUGGUGUUAGUGUCAAGUUUUUGUUUCCUUUUCACUGAGUUGCGCUGAUCACAUUGAUCAGUAGUUAGAAACGAUCGACUAAGAAGAAGAAAAAGCAAGUGCUGUGUUUUUCACUGUGGUCUGUUACUACAUUAUUAUAAUUUCUGUCAAUUCUUUAAAUUUUUAUGGCAGCCGAUAGAUUGUCGAUAAUGCGUUUAAUACAAUGGUGACAUGAAUCAUCAUUCACUCUCAUUCAACUCUGAAGAUUAUGUGCAUAUUAGCAGGCCAAGGCCUAUUUCGAAAAACAAAAAGUUGCACAACAUUGUACAAGCAUAAAGAUAAUUGUAGGAAGUAGAAUUGCUACUCCGUUUUGAUGUGAUGUCAAGUGAGAAGUGUACAUUUAGCUGGUGAUUUCUCAUACUUUCUUCUACUACUUUGACCUGUAUGUCUUUUAAAAAGACAAUCGGUGGAGUAUGUUUCGGUUGUUUUUUUGUAUUUUUAAUACAAUAAUUGUAAAUAUUGGUUAUAUUUUUGUUGAAAUGUACUAUGUUUAUGCCUCAACAUCCAGCUUGUAUGAAGCUGGGAAAUCAAUAAAUACUACAAAAGUUA